AUGGCUAAAGCAAGAAAGAAGAAGAGGACUCAUGUGCCCAACAAUGAUGGGCCUGGGAAGCCCGGGCAGGCUAACCGACGGCCCAAGAGCAUGGUCAUUCGUAUGGGCGCAGGCGACGUCGGAUCCAGCGUGACACAACUGGCGCGAGAUUUUCGAGCAGUCAUGGAGCCGGAUACCGCAAGCAGGUUAAAAGAACGACGAGCGAACAAGUUAAAAGACUACACCGCCAUGGCUGGUCCGCUGGGGGUCACACACCUCUUCCUCUUCUCGCGCUCGAAAUCCGGCAAUGUCCACCUCAGAGUCGCUCUCACGCCUCGAGGGCCGACUCUCACUUUCAGAGUCGAGCGUUAUGCUUUAUGCAAAGACAUCGCAAAAGCCCAGAAACAUCCCCGCGGUGGCGGGAAAGAAUAUUUGAAUGCGCCGUUGCUGGUCAUGAACAACUUCACCUCCCAGGCAGGCGAAGAUGCCAAGGCCGAUCCUGUCAAGAAACAGCUCGAAUCCCUCACUACCACGAUAUUCCAGUCGAUAUUUCCUCCUAUAUCCCCACAGACGACGCCUCUCAGCUCAAUACGGAGAAUUUUGCUGUUGAACCGCGAACCUCAAUCCGAUGGUACAUAUAUAAUCAACCUGCGCCACUAUGCGAUCACAACGCGCCGAACGGGCAUUUCAAAACGAGUCCGGAGAUUCGAUCCGAGCGAGCAGCGACUGCGCGAGAAGAAGUCGGGGGCGCUGCCGAACUUGGGCAAACUGGAGGACGUAGCGGAUUACAUUCUCGACCCGUCCGCCGGGGGUUAUACGUCCGCCAGCGAGACGGAGCUAGACACCGACGCCGAGAUCGAAGUCCUGGAAACCACCACGCAGCGAGUCUUGAGCCGGCGCGAGCAACAAAGGCAGCGGGAGCAGCAACAGAAACCACAGCAACAAAAGGAAGGAAAAGACAAAGAUGCGACGAUGAAAGACUCCGGGGCCACUAAUGGCGAAUCGAACGUCGAAAAACGGGCUGUGAAACUCGUGGAACUCGGCCCCCGGAUGCGUCUCCGCAUGGUGAAAGUGGAGGAAGGCAUCUGCGAGGGACGGGUCAUGUGGAACGAGUUCGUGACCAAGACCGACGCCGAGGAGAAAGCGCUGGAGGAGAAAUGGGAGAAGAAGCGCCAGGAGAAAGAGGCGCGACGAAAGGAGCAGAAGGAGAACAUUGAGAGGAAGAGGCUGGCGAAGAAGAACGCGAAGAUCAACUCGGGCCAAGGUGACGCGGAAGCCGGGGAGGAGGCGGAGGACGACGACGACGACGACGAAGAGGAGUGGAACAGCGAUGAUAUGGAGGACUGGGAUGACGACCUGGAGGACGACGCCGAGGGCGAUGGGCACGAAAACGAGAACUAA